AUGAAGUGCGCGCGGCGGGCGGAUGGGUGGUGGCGAUCUUGGAUGCAGUCUGCCCGCGUCGGCGCGCCUGCCGUGUGUUCAAUCGCCUCCACAUCCAGCCGCAAGGGACGACUCAACAGUUCAAUUCCUCUUUCAUGGAGCCACAAGUUCAAUUUCAGUUCCCUUGUCUUCCAGCCACACACUACGACUCAACUGAUGACACAAGAGGCUACUCUGUUCGCUCGGCGUGUUUACGUUGGUGGCCUUCCUCCCUCUGCUAACGAACAGACAAUUGGAGUAUUCUUUAAUCAAGUCAUGGCUGUUAUUGGAGGAAACACUGCUGGUCCCGGUGAUGCUGUCUGUAGCGUCUGCAUGAACCAUGAACAAAGAUUUGCUUUAGUGGAAUUCAGACUGGCUGAGGAAGCAAGCAAUGCAAUGGCUCUGGAUGGCAUUUUGUUUGAAGGGGUGCCAGUGAAGGUUAGAAGGCCAACAGACUACAACCUUUCCCUGGCAGCAGGCUUGGGCCCGAGCCAGCCAAGCCGAAAACUGAAUCUUGCUGCAGUUGGACUAACAGCAGGAUCAGACGGAGGAGGGUUAGAAGAUCCUGACCGUAUUUUUGUGGGUGGCCUUCCCUAUUUCUACUCUGAAGCUCAAGUCCGGGAGUUGCUUGAAUCCUUUGGGCCUCUUCGAGGGUUUGAUCUUGUGAAAGAUAGGGAAACUGGCAACUCAAAGGGCUAUGCAUUCUGUGUUUACUUGAACACCACUGUCACUGACAUUGCUUGCGCUGCACUAAAUGGUACUAAGAUGGAAGACAAAACCCUUACUGUCAGACGAGCAAACGAGAGUGCAUCUCAGCCCAGACCAGAACAGCUAAGUAUCCUAUUGAAGGCCCAGCGACAGGUGCAAAUGCAGAAACUUGCCAAUCCAGUUGGAGCGGCCCCUACAAAGGUGGUUUGCCUCGUCCAGGUGGUCAGUGCAGAUGAAUUGAAAGAUGAUGAAGCGUAUGAGGACAUCAAGGACGACAUGAGGCAAGAAGCAUGCAGAUAUGGUAAUCUGGUGAAAGUUGUGAUCCCACGUCCUGACCCCAGCGGACACCCGGUCACUGGAGUCGGAAAGGUGUUCUUGGAAUAUGCAGACGUCUACAGUGCCACCAGAGCAAAGAUGGCUUUGCAUGGAAGGUAA